AUGGCUUCAAGGGCAAUCAUUAGGAGAAGGAAGUAUUUCUUGGAUCAUGUUAACACACCUAUCAUUUCAUCGUCCGCCUUCUCUACCUUCCAACAUGGAAGACUCGGUUUGGAGGUUGAGCCAAGAACAGAACAGCGAUUUCUCGAGCAUAGUUUUGGGGAUUCCAAAUGUGAGAAGGAGCAACACAGUAUGAAUUUGAUAAAAAAAGAUCUACUAGGUCUUGGUAAUGGGUUUCGGCAACAUCCAGCUUAUGUGAUUUCUCUUUCUCAUGGUGGAAUUGGAAAGAAUGAAUUUGUGUUGCCUUUGAGCUUGGGAGCUAGAUCUUUGCUGCAGUCAGUCCGCACAGCAUCAACUACAACUGCAGGGCAGCCUAAGAUGGAUACAGAUGAUGAACAGAGUGAGGACCAGAAGCAGAAUAAAAAGAAAAAGGAGGCAUCCCCAGAAGAAUGUGAUCAGGCUGUGGAAGGCCUAAGCACUGCAAAAGCUAAGGCUAAAGCUAAGCAGGUACAAGAAUCUCUGAAGGUUGACCAAUCAGUUAUACAGAAGUUUUGGGCGAGAAUUCUGGGUGUGGGUCCUGCUCUCCGUGCUGUGGCUUCAAUGAGCAGGGCUGAUUGGGCUGCAAAGCUUAAGCAUUGGAAGGAUGAAUUUGUUUCUACACUGCAGCAUUACUGGUUAGGGACAAAACUACUCUGGGCAGAUGUUAGGAUCUCAUCAAGAUUGCUGGUGAAACUUGCUGGUGGGAAGAGCCUUUCAAGAAGAGAGAGGCAACAGCUGACACGGACAACAGCAGAUAUCUUCAGGCUGGUCCCGUUUGCUGUGUUCAUCAUUGUUCCAUUCAUGGAAUUCUUACUGCCAGUCUUCCUCAAGUUGUUUCCAAACAUGCUUCCAUCAACUUUCCAGGACAAAAUGAAAGAAGAGGAGGCACUAAAAAGGAAAUUGAAAGCAAGAAUGGAGUAUGCAAAAUUUUUGCAAGAUACCGCAAAAGAAAUGGCAAAGGAAGUUCAGACAUCUCGUAGCGGAGAAACAAAACAGACAGCUGAAGAUUUGGACGAAUUUUUGAAUAAGGUUAGGAGAGGUGAACGUGUCUCUAAUGAUGAAAUCUUGAAUUUCGCAAAGCUAUUCAAUGAUGAACUUACUCUGGAUAACAUGAGCAGACCACGCUUGGUUAAUAUGUGCAAAUAUAUGGGUAUCCGGCCUUUUGGUACAGACCACUACUUGAGGUUCAUGCUUCGCAAAAAACUGCAAGACAUUAAGAAUGAUGAUAAGCUGAUUCAAGCCGAGGGAGUUGAAUCUCUCUGUGAAGAAGAGCUCCGGCAAGCCUGCCGGGAACGUGGUCAUCUAGGCUUGCUGUCAACUGAAGAGAUGCGCCAACAGCUCCGAGACUGGUUGGACCUCUCUCUUAAUCAUGCUGUGCCAUCUUCACUUCUCAUACUUUCAAGAGCCUUUACUGUGUCUGGGAGAAUGAAGCCUGAGGAGGCUGUUGUAGCAACACUAUCUUCUCUACCAGAUGAAGUUGUGGAUACAGUUGGGACAGUAUUGCCAUCUGAAGAUUCGGUUUCUGAGAGGAGGAGAAAAUUAGAAUUCCUUGAGAUGCAGGAAGAACUUAUCAAGGAGGAAGAGAAAAAGAAAGAGAAAGAAGAAAAGGCAAAACAAAAGAAAGAAGAGGAGGCAAAGAUGAAAGAACCAGACACUGCUGAAGAAGAUUUAGCUUUGAAGGAAAUGACUGAUGCUACUGCUAGGGAAGAAGAACUGAGAAAAGCAAAAGAACAUGACAAGGAAAAGCUCUGUAAUAUCAGCCGUGCAUUGGCUGUGCUCGCAUCUGCCUCUUCUGUUAGCAAGGAGCGUCAAGAGUUCCUGAGCCUUGUCAAUAAAGAGAUAGAGCUAUAUAACUCCAUGCUCGAAAAAGAGGGUACUGAAGGUGAAGAAGAAGCUAAAAAAGCAUAUAUAGCUGCUAGGGAAGAGCCAGACCAUGAUGCUGAGGUCGCUGCAGAAGAAAAGGUCUCAUCAGCGCUGAUUGAGAAGGUUGAUGCUAUGCUUCAAGAAUUAGAAAAGGAGAUUGAUGAUGUGGAUGCACAAAUUGGAAACCGCUGGCAACUUCUUGAUAGGGACCUCGAUGGUAAGGUGACUCCCGAGGAGGUGGCUGCCGCCGCAGCCUAUCUGAAGGACACCAUCGGGAAGGAAGGCGUGCAAGAACUCAUCAGCAACCUUUCGAAGGACAAAGAAGGAAAGAUCCUCGUGGAAGAUAUUGUGAGGCUAGCAUCGCAAACAGAGGAACACAACGAUGAGGAAGAGGAAGCACGGCAGUAG